AGGUGUGUGGCGUGGGGGAGUCUGGAGGAGUGCUGGGACCACAGCUCCAUGCCGAUAGCCAGCAGCAGAGUGCGUGAGGAGCCGUCAAAGGACACAGGAUGGUGGGCUGUGGGAGACCCUCAGAGCACAGCGUAGAGGAAGUACGAUGCACGGAGGGAGUUCCUGCGGUGAAACCCUGGUUCUCCCACAAGGCCUUCUGGGUGAGCGUGGUGGUCUGUCUGCUCGUGGUCUUGAUCGCUCUGGCAUUGACAGGCAACCUGGGUAACUCCGGGAUGCUGGAAGACCCUGCCCAGUCGAUACACAUUGUCCGAAUCACCGGUCCCGAUCCAACUGGCACUGUGAUCAACCAAUCAACAGUAGUGGACAAGGAGAAUGACCUGGUGACCUUUUCAGUGACCUCACCGUCAAACCUCUCCUCCACUGUGCUCUUUGAUGUCAAACAUGGGCUGGUUUGUUACAAACCGGCCAACCAGGAGAGCUGCUUCCUGCGUGAAAUGGACCAAUCGGAUUACCAACGUGUUGGCUCCGUCCUGCCCGAGUCAACGCACCAGAUGAGCCAGUUCCAGCUGUCUGGGAGUGAGAUCCACAGACAGACUGAGUUCCUGGGGGUGCUGGGGGGCCACGGGGUCAACGUGUCCACCCUGGAGGAGCCCUUCCAGGCCCUGUGUCGGGACAGCCCGGUCCACUGGACCAGGAGGGCAGAGGGCCCGGGGCGACAGAGACUCGUCUACUUCUGCAUCGACAUCUGCUUCCCCAGCAACAUCUGCGUGUCUGUGUGCUUCUACUACCUUCCUGAGUGACCUUCUGCACCCCUCACCAGAACACCCCUCUGUCCCUCCCUCCACCCUCACCUUUAUCACACAGCAAAAGCACCACCUUCGCUCCACACAAGCCUCAUCAGGAGAGAUGAGUAGCCUCAGGCUCUCUCUUUCCCAACACACACACACAUGCUAGGAGAUGAUGCAGCUGUCAUUAUUCUCUCCUUAACCCCUCGUCAUGUUGUAAUGCCUCUUCCCUGGUGGCCCAAGAUCCUGUUUACCGUUAACCAUUAUUAUAGAGAUGCAGUGUUUUUAUCUUGCCAAUAAACAUUUGUUGUGUAAUGUUGGGCAUUUAUUUGUGUGUGUCGCGUAAGGAGGAAGUAAGAACGGAGUGAUAACGAAAUCAGAAAACAGGUUUUGCAAGACGUAUGACUGACCCAAGUCUUUACUGGGGAAAAUCAGUCUUCAAAAUAUUAAAACAUUGGCCCGGGAAUAUAAUGAAAUCAUUUAUACAUAAGACACAAACAAGACAUAACCAAUUUCAACGGCACGGGCAAGCCAACAUCCUGGAUAUAAUGCAAAUCACGUGGUCUUAAAUAUGGCCCAUUUCUAAAAACAAAGCUUGUAUUAAUUCGCCCUCAGUGGUGUUGCAGACCGCUCGCUACCGGUUGCUUCAUUUCUAAAAGAUGUCACCAUAAGGACAUGCCCUUUGGAAA